AUGAGAAACGGGGAGAAAGUAGCGCACCUGUGGAGGCUGGAGGGAGCGAAGGAGAGACUCCGUUUGGUGAGGGCUGAUCUAGUGGAGGAGGGCAGCUUUGACGAUGCAAUCAUGGGAUGCGAUGGCGUCUUUCACAGCGCUUCGCCUGUACUUGGGCGACCCACCUCUGAUCCCAAGGCAUUUUAA